UAGACAAACCUGUCAAGAAAUAUCAGAGCAAAAUAAGCAUGAUAUGACUGAUACAGAACGUGAUACAAUUGACUCAAAACACCAUCAAGAAACACCAGAGCAAGAUGAACAUGAUAUGACUAGCUCUUUCUAG